AGCCGGCGCCCGGUGCCCGCCGGAGCUGCAGCCGCCAGCGUGCGGCACGCGCCGGUCGCCUCCCUGGGCCGGUCCUGCAGCCGCUGCUGUCCUGUGCGUCACUUGCUUUUCGUGAUAUUUUUUUUGCAUACAUUUAUUUUGCGUUUCACUUAGUACAUUCUAAGGCGGCAGAAGCAAGGGCGACAGCGGAGACAGUGGCGUGCGCGCGGGGCGGGGAGGGGCGGCCCGAGGAUGCGGCUCGGGACUGCGCUCGCGACGCCUGCCCCUGCUGCCCGGCUCCGGCCGGGACGCCAAGCAGUUGCCUACCCUCGUCUGCUGUUUUCUGAUGGCUGGAUUUGUAUGGUGAUGCCACUGGUACUGGUGGUGGCUUUGGAUCCCAAGUGAUGGUGGUGUACGUGGAGGACAGGCUGAACCCUGCACAGCUGCUUAGCACGGCAGAGCUGCUGGCCGCACCUGCCGGAGGGCGGGCGUGAACCUCAGGACCUGGACGUCUAACCCCAGAGGAAACAUGUCUAAGAAAGGACGGAGCAAGGGCGAGAAGCCCGAAAUGGAGACAGACCCGGUGCAGAUGGCCAACGAGGAGCUGCGGGCCAAGCUGACCAACAUUCAGAUUGAGUUCCAGCAGGAGAAGAGCAAGGUGGGCAAGCUGCGUGAGCGGCUGCAGGAGGCCAAGCUGGAGCGCGAGCAGGAGCAGCGGCGGCACACGGCUUACAUCUCGGAGCUCAAGGCCAAACUGCACGAGGAGAAAACCAAGGAGCUGCAGGCGCUGCGUGAGGCUCUCAUCCGGCAGCACGAGCAGGAGGCGGCGCGCACCGCCAAGAUCAGGGAGGGUGAGCUGCAGCGGCUGCAGGCCACGCUGAACGUGCUACGGGAUGGCGCGGCCGACAAAGUCAAGCCUGCGCUGCUGGCUGAGGCACGAGAGGAGGCGCGCAGGACCUUUGAGGGCGAGCGCCUGCGCCUGCAGCAGGACAUCCUGGAGCUCAAGGCAGCGCGCAAGCAGGCCGAGGAGGCGCUCAGCAACUGCAUGCAGGCCGACAAGGCCAAGGCCGCUGACCUGCGCGCUGCCUACCAGGCUCACCAGGAUGAGGUGCAUCGCAUCAAGCGCGAGUGUGAGCGUGACAUCCGCAGGCUGAUGGAUGAGAUCAAAGGGAAAGACCGGGUGAUUCUGGCCCUGGAGAAGGAGCUAGGUGUGCAGGCCGGGCAGACCCAGCGGCUGCUUCUGCAGAAGGAAGCUUUGGACGAGCAGCUAGUCCAGGUCAAGGAGGCCGAGCGGCACCACAGCAGCCCAAAGAGGGAGCUGCCGCCGGGCAUCGGGGACAUGGCGGAGCUCAUGGGCACCCAGGAUCAGCAUAUGGAUGAGCGGGAUGCGAGGCGAUUUCAGCUAAAAAUUGCCGAGCUGAAUUCAGUGAUCCGGAAGCUGGAAGACAGAAAUACCCUGUUGGCAGAUGAGAGGAACGAGCUGCUGAAGCGCACUCGAGAGACAGAGGUGCAGCUGAAGCCGCUCGUGGAGAAAAACAAGCGGAUGAACAAGAAGAACGAGGACCUGCUGCAGAGCAUCCAGCGGAUGGAGGAGAAGCUCAAGAGCCUCACGCGGGAGAAUGUGGAGAUGAAAGAGAAGCUGUCGGCCCAGGCCUCUCUGAAGCGCCACACAUCCCUGACCGACCUCAGCCUGACGAGGGACGAGCAGGAGAUUGAGUUCCUGAGACUCCAGGUGCUGGAGCAGCAGCACGUCAUCGAAGACCUCUCGCUGGAGAGAGAACGGCUGUUGCGCUCCAAGAAGCAUCGAGGGAAAAGCCUGAAGCCACCCAAGAAGCAUGUUGUGGAGACAUUUUUUGGAUUUGAUGAGGAGUCCGUGGACUCUGAGACAUUGUCGGAGACAUCCUACAACACAGACAGGACCGACAGGACCCCGGCCACCCCCGAGGAAGAUCUGGACGAUACCACAACCAGAGAAGAGGCUGACCUGAGGUUCUGCCAGCUGACCCGGGAGUACCAGGCUCUGCAGCGGGCCUAUGCCCUGCUUCAGGAGCAGGUUGGGGGGACACUGGAUGCCGAGCGAGAGGCCCGGACUCGGGAGCAGCUGCAGGCUGAUCUGCUGAGGUGCCAGGCCAAAAUUGAGGACUUGGAGAAACUGCUGGCUGAGAAGGGACAGGAUUCCACGUGGGUGGAGGAGAAGCAGCUGCUCAUCAGGACCAAUCAAGACCUGCUGGAAAAGAUUUACAGGCUGGAGCUGGAGGAGAACCAGCUGAAGAGCGAAAUGCAAGACGCGAAGGAUCAGAACGAGCUGUUAGAAUUCAGAGUGCUAGAGCUUGAAGAGAGAGAGAGGAGGUCGCCAGCCUUUAACCUCCAAAUCACCACCUUCCCCGAGAACAACAGCAGCGCCCUCCAGCUGUUCUGUCACCAGGAAGGAGUAAAGGAUGUGAAUAUUUCUGACCUUAUGAAGAAAUUAGAUAUCCUUGGCGAUAACGGGAAUUUGAGAAAUGAAGAACAGGUUGCAAUAAUCCAGGCCGGAACUGUGCUUGCCCUAUGUGAAAAGUGGUUGAAGCAAAUAGAGGGGACUGAGGCGGCCCUGACCCAGAAGAUGCUGGACCUUGAGAAGGAAAAGGACCUGUUCAGCAGGCAGAAGGGCUACCUGGAGGAGGAGCUGGACUACAGGAAGCAAGCGCUUGACCAGGCUUACCUGGUAGGACCUGAAAAAAUCCAGGACCUGGAGGCCACAUUGUACAAUGCACUGCAGCAGGAGCCAGGGCUGCGGGCCAGCGAGGCCCUGAGUGCGGGCCAGCGCGAGGACCUGCAGGCAGCGGUGGAGAAGGUCCGUAGGCAGAUCCUGCGGCAAAGCCGUGAGUUCGACAGCCAGAUCCUUCGAGAGCGCAUGGAGAUGCUGCAGCAGGCCCAGCAGAGGAUCCGGGACUUGGAGGGCAAGCUGGAGCUCCAGAAGCGGCACCUGAAGGAGCUGGAGGAAAAGCAUUCAUUCUGUGGCCUUGAUGACCCCAGGGAGCUGAGCACUCAGGCUAGAGAAAGAGCUUGCGGAAUAAGCCGAACUCCCAGCCACUCCAACCCCACUCAAACCAAAACUCAAUGGCAAAACACGCUGUUCGAAGUCCAAGACUGGAAAAUGAAUUCACAUGUGUCUGACAGCAGCAGGCCUUCUGGGUGUACCCCUGGGUCCUGGCUAGCCCAAGCUGCACAGACUUGGCAGGGACAAUGGGGCUGUCACCCUCUUAGCCAGGGCUGUCUCCCAGCCACAGCACCUUCCAGAACCUGAGGGGCAGAGACCCGAAUGUCAGGAAACUAAGUGCAAUUAACAGACUCCAAGGGGCAGGAGUGCUGCUGCACAGUGGGGAAGGGCUCGAGUCCUUGUCCUUACGCACGUGCCUCCCCUGGCUGUGGUGUGUGCACAGCUGGACACAGAAGCCCCCUCUGCCCUGUGUACAUAAACCCUAGGAACUGUGCUGUGCGCA